AUGUUGUACAGAACCACUGCUGCCCGCUCUGCCCUUCGGGCUCUCUCCAACACCAAUGCCUCGGUCGCCCGCUCGAGCUUCGCCAGCAACGUUUUCAAGGCUCCCUUGACUUCCGCCGCUCGCUUUCCCGCUCGUCCGACCUCGUCUCCCAGCCUUGCUCUGGCUGCUCGCAAGCCCGUCACCACCGCGCUUGUCCGAUAUGCCUCCUCUUCGUCCAAGGACGCCCACGGCGAGGAAGAGCCUGACAUGAUGGCCGGUAUCAAGGGUGAUGCGAAAGUGAUCAAGGACACCUUCAGUCUUGCGGAUGUCCCCAAGGAGGCUCUGUACCUCGGUAUGGCCGGUGUCAUUCCUUACCUCGCUACUUCGAUGGAGACCGUCUACCUCUCGUACGAGAUCGGCCGAAACGCUGCUGGUGGCGAUGGCCUCAUCUUCUCCGGUCAGACUGCCGAGCUCCUGCUCCACAUGAUUGAGCCCAUCCAGGUCGGAUACGGUGCUGUGAUCCUCUCUUUCCUGGGUGCCAUCCACUGGGGUCUUGAGUGGGCCGGCUACGGCGGAAAGUACGGCUACAAGCGUUAUGCGGCCGGUGUUGUCGCGCCUGCCGUUGCUUGGCCGACUCUGCUCUUCCCCACCGAGUACGCUUUGAUCAGCCAGUUCCUCGCUUUCACCUUCCUGUACUAUAACGACGCUCGCGCCGCUGCCCACGGCCGUGCUCCCCACUGGUACGGCAUGUACCGUUUCGUCCUGACCUUCAUCGUCGGUGCCAGUAUCGUGGCCACCCUGGUCGGCCGUGAGCAGAUUGCCAACACCAUCACCUCGGAGCACAGCAUCACUGACAAGAUCAACGCUCUGCUCUUCCUCAAGAAGAAGGAGCAGGAGGAGCUCGAGGCCCGCCGCAAGGCCGAGGCCGAGGAGUCUGAGUAA